CUAGCCUGCCAUAGUCCUGCCAUACCGUGCAGAAAGGACAUUAUUCCCUGUAUUUCUGCGCCUGCGAUCACGGACAUCGCCCAACACGAUCAUGAUAUGGAACCGGAACUGGAAGCCCUGAUAGACAUGGAUUUCCUCACGGGAGUUUGCGUUCGAUACGAGCGGACUUUUCUUCCAGUGUGGUGCACCCCUCACUCAGGCUAAGAAUACCUAAGCCACGUAUCUUCGGGACCGCGACGCGGAUUCUCCCCGCCUAUAGAGGAUUCGAUUCCUGAGCGACGUACUUCUCUAGCCUUCGCUGGCCGUCAAUGAGCAUUGCUUUUAUAAUCCACUUCGUCUGGGGACUCGACCUUCUCCCAUACAAACUAUCCCUAGUGCACUCAUGGUAUCAUCAAGAACAACGUCACUACCGCUGCUAAUCAUAAUUGUGGGCGGCGGCAUCGCUGGCCUUGCUUCCGCAUUUACACUGCGGAAGGCAGGGCAUCAGGUGCUUGUGCUCGAACAAGCCUCGGGCCCUGCGAAGGGAGGCGGAGGAAUGCGCUCGCCGCCUAAUAUGACCCGUAUAUUGAUGCGCUGGGGCCUCGGUCGACAACUGGCCGCGCAAGCGAUCAAGGGUUCGGAAAUCUCAUUCAGACUCACCCGCACUGGAGAGAAAGUAGGAGCAAUGGUCUUCCACGAAGAGAUCAUGAACGCUUUUGGAGCAGACUGGCUCUUAAUCCAGUACGAUGAUCUUUAUAGCUGGGUAUAUUCACUCGCAAAGAGUGCGGGAGCAAUGAUCCGCUUCUCGUCUCAUGUCGUUAGCGUCGACCCUUCUCGGGCGUCUAUCGUGCUGUCCACCGGGGAGACUAUCAGGGGAGACCUGAUUAUCGGAGCGGAUGGGUUGUCGAGUGUUGUACGACGAUCGAUAACCGGAAGAGCUGGCCCGACUUUAUCCACAGGGCGCCAACUCUAUGUGUCCAACACCUCUAUCCCUUCAGAAUUAAUGAAGAGCGAUCACAGUCUACACGCGCUUCUCAGAGAGCCUAAGCUAAAUAUGUGGAUGGGCGAUGGAUUCGCAAUCUAUGGAAGUCCCGUUAGUGGCUACCGAAAUUAUUGUGUAACAAUCGCGGCACCUAUACGACGCAAUCGUGAAGGUCACAGCGUUCGAUUCGAUAUUGACUAUGCUACCCUUGAACCAAGACUACAGAAAUUAUUGGGAUUAGUGAGGAUAGACACGGUUACGCCGCAACUAAGUGACAGACCGCUGGAAAGCCUCAUCCACGACUCAAACAAGGUCAUUCUAGUCGGUGCAGCAGCCCACCUGAUACCUGACGGUCAGACGCAAAACGUUGCAAUGGGCAUCGAAGACGCAGCAAUCCUUGGCAACCUGUUCUCCCGCCUGCGCUCGCCCGACCAGCUCCCUUCGCUCGUCUCCGCCUACGAGGAAAUCCGCCUCCCGCGCGCCGCCGAGGUCCUUGCCUCCGAAAUAGGCAAGCUCGACCAGGUCACCUUCCUGGACGGCAGCGAACUCCAAGCUAUACGCGAUAAAGGAUUGAGAGCGGCUCUAUCGCAAACGGUCUUGGCAUGGGACCAGGCCGACGAAGAGAUGCUGCGGGAGCAGUGGGAGGAGCAUAUCCAUAUGUUUGACUAUGAUGCGGACGAGGUCGCGGAGGACUGGUGGAUUAAAUGGGGGAACUUGAUGGACGUUGGCAGGCAGAACCGUCAGGAGGAGAGUAGGCUGCAGGGCCCUUUCGGAGGGCGGAUGCAUAUUUGUGUCUCGCAGGUUUCAGAUGCCCCUGCACCGAGAAGGAUGGGAAUGCGGGCUUGAGAAUGGACGUUCGCCCCUCCCCGGGGGACGCUGAUUGUGUGCAGACUAUUUCUCCUGACGUCCAAUGCAGCACUUGAGGAUGAGCGUUGAUAACCCCCCGGAUCUUGGCCGGCCGUCCUACGGCUUUGGUGCAUCUCAUACGGUUUACAUCCCUAUCCUAGUAGUGUCGUAGCCCACAAUAAUGUAUAGCCUGUAGCAUUAUACUGCUUCAUAUAAUAUAUUAGUACUAGUCCUUGG